GCGUGAUUGAGUCGAAUGCGAGGGUUCCAGGGAAUAUCGCGCCUUGUAUAUCUACCACGCGUUUUCAUUCAGCAUUCCCGUGCCCCUUUCUAUCGAUCUACCAUCUCCUUUGAUCUCCAGCGAAAGGAUAAAAACAUAAGAAGUAUGGUCAAUUUUGCCGCCGCAGAACGUUUCUUGGCCGAUCGCGAAUCUCCCUUAUGUAGUCUUCAGGUCGCGAAGUCCUUCGCCCAAUUGAGCUCCAAGGAGAAAAAAUAUGCUCACUUCAUUGGCCAGGCCUCAUGGGCUGGUGCUCGUAUCAUUCAGGACCAAUGGACACCACAGGCCCUGAAGCUUUACGAUCUUCUCAUUCUAAUCUUCAGUGACAAAGGCCAGCUUGGGAACCUCGACAUUCUCAAGCAGAAGGCCGAAGUCACUUCAGAGGAAUGGGAAGCCAUUCUGCAAUACACUAGCCAGGUGCUAAGUAACUUGGUGAACUACAAGUCUUUCGGAUUUACCAAGAUCGUUCCCCGCGCUCCCGAGACAGCCUUUGCUGCAGUCGUCCAAAACUCAGUGAAUGCCUCCAAUGCAUUGCCUUUGUGGAACGAGCUCAAAGAUCAUAUUUACCAAGACACGCCUGAUGAAGCCAAUUUCAUUGGAAAGCGCAGUCUUGGCCAUGUUUCCAAUUAUUACCUCGGUGAAACGCCCACGGAUGAGGAAGUUGCUGCUAUUCAGACCGCCGCAGAGAAGAUUGGCGUCGAUGUGCUGAACACACGAGUGCGCAAGAACGGAGCGGAUGAUUUCACUCUGUUAGUUGCAUCUGCGAAGACUCAGCCCUCUACCAAUCACGAAUUCUCUGUCGGUGAUAAGAAAGCGAAGUUGACCGUGGAAUAUGGUGACUUCUCCGAUGCAUUGGCCAAGACUGUCACAGCUUUGCGGGAGGCGAAGAAGUAUGCAGCUAAUGACCACCAGGCGGCCAUGCUCGACGGCUAUAUCGAAUCAUUCGAGACUGGCUCAAUCGAAGCACACAAGAAAGGCUCAACCGAAUGGGUUAAGGACGUUGGGCCGGUAGUCGAGAACUAUAUUGGAUUCGUUGAGACCUACGUUGACCCGUACGGUGGUCGGGCGGAGUGGGAAGGCUUCACUGCGAUUGUUGACAAGGAACUCAGUGCAAAAUACGAGAUACUUGUAAAUAAUGCCCCGGAGCUCAUCAAAGUUCUUCCCUGGGGCAAGGACUUCGAGGUUGAUGUUUUUCGAAAGCCCGAUUUUACUGCUCUGGAGGUACUUACAUUUGCUACUGGAGGGAUUCCCGCUGGAAUCAAUAUUCCAAACUACUACGAAAUAAGGGAAUCGACUGGCUUUAAGAACGUCUCGCUCGCUAACAUUCUUGCUGCGAAAGCGCCAAAUGAGGAACUCACCUUUAUCCACCCUGAUGACAAGGACCUCUACAACGCCUGGGAUAACCGGGCUUUUGAACUUCAGGUCGCUAACCAUGAACUGUUGGGACACGGAAGUGGCAAACUCUUCUCAGAGGAUGCCGAUGGAAACUUGAACUUCGAUCCCAAGAAGUUAUACAUGAAAUCCGGCGUAGCGACGGGGGUAACACUGAUGCAUGACAGCACGUCUUGGUACAAGCCUGGUCAGACUUCUUCUUCUGUGCUCGGCGAAGUUUCUUCAUCAAUGGAGGAAUGCCGGGCAGAGACCGUUGCUCUUUACUUGGCCAGCAACCCCAAGAUUCUUGAAAUCUUCAAGUACACUGACAAGCAAGACGCUGAAGAUAUUCAGUAUAUCACUUUCUUGCUGAUGGCCCGUGCUGGUCUUCGUGCGCUGGAAUACUAUGAUCCCACGAAGGGGAAACAUGGUCAAGCUCACAUGCAAGCUCGACUUGGUAUUACUCAACACUUGAUCAAGUCGGGUAUUGCUCGUCUCGAAGAAGUCCGUGGCGCCGAUGGUAGUUUGGAAAACCUCUACGUUAGAGUCGACAGGGAAAAGGUGCUCAACCAAGGACGUGAUGCCUCUGGCAAGCUCCUGAUCGAGCUGCAAGUCCGCAAGAGUACAGCAGACGGCGCCGGUGCUCGUGCCUUCUACACUCAAUUGACAACACCGUUGCCUGGCUGGGACGGAGAGAUCCGUGAUUUGGUGCUCAAGAAGAAAUUGCCGAGGAAAAUUUUUGUGCAGCCCAACACCUUCAUCAACGGCGAUGAAGUGGAGCUGAAGGAAUACCCGCUCACACCCGCUGGCGUUAUCCAAAGCUUCAUCGAGAGGAAGCUUUAAUACCAUAUCAGAAGAUAUCCAAAUUCUGCUUGGUUGUAUUGAAUUGUCCACAAUGAGCCAUCGAUUAGGGGUAGCAAGCAGUGCUAACUGAAUGUAGAAUACGACUAUGCAUACCUGCAUGUGAUGAAUAGAUAACUCGAUAUGGGGUAUUGUGUACGAAGCGAAUACAAAUGGUGUGC